AGUAUCACUGUGCAUGUAUACAGAGCCACUCGUUUGAAAUUGGUUAUUUAUAUUUUCGUUUUAUGUGGAGGUCUAAAGAUUAAAAAAUGACACGAGUCAGGGACAUUCUUGGCCCCUUUUUUCAUGUUGCCGUAUGUAUCCAUCACAUUUAUGCCAUUUUCUACUCUAACAAACCGAAGGACUUAAGUCAAGUUAUUGAUGAAAGGGUCUUGAAUAUGGAAAGAUUCGCACCCGUUUACUUUACAUCCUGGAAUAUGGUAAUUCAAACUCUUUACUUUUUAUUGGCCAUGUUGUACGAUAUACUACAUAUUUUUACGAGGCAAUCAAAUCUUGAAGGGAAGAUACAACUGUAUAAAGGCUACAUUUUCACAAGUCUCGUUUUCCCAUGUUCUCUCUUCGUAUCUGCGAUGUUUUGGAGCGUUUAUUCCAUAAACAGAGAAUGGGUCCUUCCGGAGGUUCUGGAUGAAUAUGUUCCUGAGUGGCUGAAUCAUUGUUUACACACCAAUAUAGUGGUAUUUUUAGUUAUAGAAGUUCUCAUAGUCAAUCAACUUCUACCUACCUUUAAAUCAGCUUUCAUUGGUUUAACUAUACUCUCGACAAUUUACAACACGACAUUCCUUUGUGUUUACUUCAGCUCUGGGAAAUGGAUUUACGGACUCUUUUAUAUUUUCAGUUGGCCUGAAAGGAUUGCCUUUAUGUGUUCUAAUUAUUUGUUUACUGUUAUGAUUAUGAAGGCCGGAAUAAAAAUACAGAGCCUUAAGCAUAAAUUGAUACGCACUACGCUUCAAAAAAAAGUUAAGAAUCAAUAAUCAAUACAUAUUUGUGUUUCCUAAAGACACUUCUAGUAGAAUAGAACAGUAAUUUAAAUUAAGUAUUACAUUACAUAGGUACUGCAAUGGCAGAGAAAUGCGACUUAGGCCAGUGAUGUAUGACCGCUUUACCGAGUUCUGGGUUAAAAAAGUAUUUGGAAAGGUGAUCUUUGAACUGUCACUAAAAUUUAUUUUCACUGUAGCUUUUAAACCAUUUUUGGGAAUUAAUUUACUUCUGAUGUGGACCGCUGAAGAUCAACAGAAUUUUAAAAUUCCAGGACCGUACUUGCAAAUAUUUAUUUAUGUAGGUAGACCCAAAAAAUGAUCAUUUUUCCCAAUACGGUCCUGGGAUUUUGGCAAUUUGACCUUAAGAAUCUGUUGGCGUCCAGUGGCGUAUAUCAAAAUAAAAAAAUAAUUCCUAUAAAAUAUGUUCAAGAUAGUUGGAAGUAGAUUUUAAUGAAAAUUAAAAAUCUACAAAUUUGGUAUAAGGACUUUUAAGUGGUCAUGUAAGUUGCCUCACUCUGCAGUUACAGUAUGUACAAUGUUAUGAACCACUAUACAGUUAUUUAUUAUUGCAAUUUAUUUAAAAAUUGUCGUGUAAGUCUUUGCUAGUACCUAAAUGUGUUAAUUUUUAAUUAUUUUUAUAAUUGACUUUUCUUUAUUGUCAAUUGUUAUA